UGGCCUAUCUGAGUUUAACUUUGUUUACCUUCUUUAUUUUGCUGUUUUGAAAUAUCAGAUCAAUUUUUACUAGAAAUUUAGCCAUAGAUGGUUUAUUUUAUGUUCAACUUUUCGUAAUUAAAAAAUGCCAGCAUCAUGCACAGUCCUGGAUUGCGAGCUCAAAUACAACCAUGCAGUUGACGUAUCGUAUCACAAAUACCCACUGAAUAAACCAGAGCUGCUAGGCCAGUGGAUUGCUUUCGUAGGUCGAGGCCCGGAAUGGCUUCCGACCAAGUGGAGUGCGAUUUGUAGCCGACACUUCAAACCUAGUGAUUUCAAAGAUUGUGUCUACAGAAAGAAUUUGAUUAGUACAGCGAUUCCAUCAGUUAGAAUCAAGCACCAAACACCGAUCGCUGAACUUAUCACCGAGAAGGUGGACGAAACUAAGCAGUGGGAAUCCGGGUUACAUCGCGAGUCGCAUGUUGAAGGGCCUGAAACGGAAACAGAUCCAGAAGAUCUUUCCGGAGGAGAAGAGACGCAACUAUUGGAUAUGACCUGCAGGCUUUGUGGUAUUGUUUUCAGCAAGUGGUGCAAAGGGUUGUUAUCUGAUUUCCACCAACAUGCUUCACUGAUUGCAAAGUGUUUGCAAUUCAUCAAUUUGGAUUUGGUCAAUUUUCCCACAAAAGUGUGUGCGAAGUGUUUAAAAACGUUGAAUGGAUUUUCCGCCUUCCACGAUAAUGUAGCGAAGGUUCAAUGCGAUUUAGAGCGGAAGUACAGUACCGCCUACGAGCACUACUCUACGAAUGUGCCUAUCGUGGAACCUUCCAGAGUGUUGAAGAUUAAGCAGGAGCCGCUGAUGAAUAUUAAAGAAGAAACAAUCGAUUCCGCAGCGAAAAGUAAAGAGAUACCUGAGAUAACGGAAAAUACACUGAUCAUCAAGAAUCCGAACAUUACAAAUGACAAGAAUAAGAUUCUUUUGUUUAACAAACCGUCGGGCGAUGUUCAAAGCACAAAACAAACUCGAGAAUCAAAAAACUGCGAGAUUCUCGAGAUAGUAAAUCUGUAUCCUCCGAUCGUGGACAUUACGAGUGCAACAAUCCGAGAGGUGCAACCGUACGAAAUCACUUUGCCCUCGUCCCUAUCCAACUUUAAUCCGGUAGCACCACAGAUUGUUCAUUUGAAAACGGAAAAUACAAACGAAAAAGAGGAAGAUUACGAAGGCUAUACCGGAUAUUUUCAGGACUUUCUUGCAGGUUUUGCAACCUGGGAAGAACAUAGCUAUUCCAAACUGCCCGUCCAGGCAGAUGACAACAAGGAUGAAGUUUUUCCAUCACAUGAGCUAGAGCCAAUGGAAUCUAUUAAUUUGGAUGAAUCGGCAACCGUUAGGGUGAUUCAUGUAGAAUUGCCAUCCGUUUCGCCACCAGAUUUAAAAUAUCUUUGUUCCCUGUGCAACCAGUACAAAUUCCAAUCGCGGAAAAAUCUGCUAAGGCAUCGAAUUGUAGUAUGCUCUAGUAGGAAAAGAAGUCCUUAUCGAUGUUUGUAUUGCCAACAAAAGUUUUCACGGUGGAUUAAUAGACAAACCCACCUAGCAGUGUGUCAUCGAAGAACAUUCCAUCGAUUGCGCAAAUGCGAGAAAGCAAGAUUGGUUUUAGCGGGCAGAUUAGCACAAAAAUUGGAAAUGCUACCCUCAUCAACAGCUGAUGGUACAACAAGCGUACAUCAACAGCAGCAGCAGCGAUCAGAUCGUCACAAUUGCACCCUGUGUGAUAGAUCGUAUUCCAGACUGUAUAACCUUAAGCGGCAUAUGGGCAGGCACAGACCGAGGGAUCAAUGGAAUCACAAAUGUGGCGUCUGUCAGAAAAUUUUCGACAAAUUGUUUGAUCUGAAGAAGCACUUUCAGCUUUCGAAGUGCAUGGGAAGUGGCGAAGAGGCGAGUGUUGGAUAUUCGGCCGAAAAUUUGGAGGAGUGCAACGGAAGCGACCGGAUGCUACAGACUAGUGGUGGGGCACCCGAUCGGUUGCUGUACGUUUGUUCCACGUGCAACAAGCAGUUCAAGUCAUACAACAGUUUAAAAGUGCACGAAAGCAAUCAUACAGGUCUUAAAGUGUUCGUUUGCGAAACUUGCGGGAAACGAUUUGGUGGCCAGGUUAACCUGUCUCAGCACAGGAUGACUCAUGUGGAUGUUAGGCAGUUUGGCUGUAAAUUGUGUCCCAAGGUUUUCAAACGAACCGGUGGCUUAAGUCAGCAUGUGAAGGCAUUCCACAUGAAAAUCAAACCGUACCAGUGCACCGUGUGUCGUAGAGAUUUCGCCCUUAAAGCGGAUAUGACUCGGUGUCGUCACUCCAAGUUGAAAGACUUUGGAUGAACGUACGAACGUUAUCCGCGAUAACCGAAGACGUCAGUUUAUGGGCAGGAGAAAUUACAAGGAAAGAGUAUUUCAAAAGUCGUUUUAAUAUCGUGGUAAUUUAAUUUAAUGCUUUGUUCACUCUCAAAUACCAUAAAUAAACUACAAGUAGUGAUAUUUAA